AUGAUGCUGCGUCCAUUACAACCUGGUACUUUCAAAUCACGCCCACAACCUUCCCGAACCACGCCUAGAAACACCACGCCAACACACACAAACCUCCCGCGCCACGCCUACAUCAACCACGCCUACAACCCUUCCCACACGCCCACAAACUUCCCCACAAACGCACCACAACUCUUCACCCACACCCCACUCCCCACCACUCCCGCACCACGCCCACAACUCUCGCACCGCCCACAGCACCACGCCCACAACCCUUCCCGCCCACAAUCCCCGCACCGCCGCCCACCACGCCCACAACUCUCCCGCACCACGCACCACUCCCGCCCACGCCCACAACUCCCGACCACGCCCACCCCCGCACCUCGCCCACUACUCUCCCACCACGCCACAACCCUCCCGCACCACGCCCAGCACUCUCCCGCACCACGCCCACACCUCCGCACCACGCCCACAACCCUCCCGCACCACGCCCAACAACUCUCCACGCCCACCUCGCCCACUACUCUCCCGCACCACGCCCACAACCCUCCCCGCACCACGCGCCCACAACCUCUCUCCCGCACCUCGCCCACUACCUCCCGCACCACGCCCACAACCCUCGCCGCACCACGCCCACAACCCUCCCGCACCACGCCCACAACUUCCCGCACCUCGCCCACUACUCUCCCGCACCACGCCCAACAAACUCUCCGCACCUCGCCCACUACUCUCCCGCACCACGCCCACAACCCUCCCGCACCACGCCCACAACUCUCCCGCACCUCGCCCACUACUCCUCCCGCACCACGCCCACAAACCCUCCACCACGCCCACAACUCUCCCGCACCUCGCCACUACUCUCCGCACCGCCCACGCCCACACCCUCCCCGCACCACGCGCCCCGCACCAACGCCCACAACUCUCCCGCACCUCGCCCACUACUCUCGCACCACGCCCACAACUCUCCCGCACCUCGCCCACUACUCUCCCCGCCCACACGCCCACAACCCUCCCGCACCACGCCCACAACCCCCCACAGCACGCCCACAACCCUCCCACAACACACUCAAACCCACACAAACCCUCCCGCACCACGCCCACAGCCCUCGCCCACCAUGA